AUGAGCCCUACUUUGUCGCCGGAGGAGUCUCACGCAGUCAAAUUUGACUUCAGGGGAACCACAGGGAACCGCCAUCCGCCACAAUCUGAAGAAGAAGAGCAAUCUGAAUUUCAAGAAAUGUGUUCGAAACUUCUCUUCGAUGUGUUCGGCUUCUUCCUCGCAACCCCCAUUUUUCCUUCCAACAACAUCACUCUCUACGACGACCCUUUCUUAAACGCUGCCUCCAUCGCCUGUCGAAGGAGAAGAAUUGCAUCUUCCUCUCGAUGCCUAUGUUCUUCCCGUCAUCCUCCACAGGUCCGAUUCCUCGAUCUCACAAUUGGCUCCGCCGCCUCUUUUUCAUGCGUUUUCUCUUUCGCCGUCGACGGGGUUCACGUUUCUUAUCACAUCCAAAAGCACGAAAUUGACGGGCCUCUACGAUGA